AUGUCCAUUAGGAAAUACGAGACUUUUAAAUCGAGAGAGGUCUUACCUAUACGGGAUCUCGUCUACGAAGACGACUGGCAUCCAAAUACAACUACACCACAAUACAAACCUCUCAACGCUGCGCAUGUUAAGGCACUCUACAAUACUUUCGAGGCUAAUGGAUGUCGGAGGAAUGAAAAUCCCAUCCUUGUUCGCGCGAUAGAUGGCCGGUAUGUCUGCCUGGAUGGGAAACAUCGUCUGGAGGCCGGCAAGAUGCAUCUGGCCCAAGAUGAUCAAUGCUGGCCUGGACUCGUGUUCGAAACACAUGAUGCUGUGCUUCUAGAGUACUUGCGUAGCUCUAAUGCAGUUCUUGAGCCAAACAGCGACGGCGACAUCUAUCGAAUCGCUUGCUACUACGAAUCUAAAGGCGACGCCAGGCUUGCAAAUUCCUGGAAGGAAAAGACGACCAAAGGGAAGAGACGUUUCAUGCAGUUCCUAGACAAUGCCAAAGUGUCCGGGGUUGUAUCACUAGCGGAAUACAUGAGACGGUUAUGGCCAUACCCAGGACUCUGGACAAAUUUUAAAUUAGGUCUGCACCGCAUUGAAAGCUCGCGAUGUCACGAGGAAGUUGCGUACUAUCUCGAUUUGAUCUAUCAAUUUUGGUUACAAACCUGUGGCGACGAACCUCACUCAGCGACAAUUUACACCGUCCAGAAGCUAGAGGGAAGGUAUCCCGAACUCUCCUCAGAUGAUUCUACGCGCAUAGCGGAAGCUUUCGAGGACUUUACCGUAUUUGAGAAAGUUCAGAACAAGGCAAAGAGAAACAUGAUUCGCUCAAGAUGCUUAAACAAUCAAGGGCGAAUCCUUUCUCUGACGUUGUUCAUGGAGGAUACCAAACUCCUGUCUUUGGCAUCCGACGCUAUGAAGCUGCUCUUGCCUGAGAGAUUCAAGCAUUCGAUCAGAGCCAUGUUCAAGGACUGCUUUGAACGUGCUCAAAUGGCUAUAGAAGGAAGCAACGACACUUUCGACACUGCUUACCGCAAGCUCUGGCUUGACGCCUGGCAGAAUUUCCCGCAGUUAGUCACCUCGAGAAAUCUUUGCCUCCGUAAGGGCCACAGUGGAUCCCGGUUCCAGCUUUCGCCGACCAAGGUAGCAGACUUCGCCAAAUAUUCUACGCGGCUUGGUUUUGGCAACAUCAGCGACAGGCCGUCUCCCAUCUUGGCGCACGAAAAUUUGGCAUGUCUGACACAGUCUAUUGAGAGCUUUCUCAGGAGCUUUUGCCAAGACCGAACCUACCAGUGUGAUGACAUGAAGGCCGCUGUUCAAGCCAUCAGUCGCAAUGUUGAAGCCUUCCUGGAAGCCACUCAACCAGUACACAUUGAGGAAGCCAGGCUUACACAGAAUAUCUCGCAGCUUCGUGCGGAUGAUCGAAUGGGGUUGCCUCAUGAAGCGUCGUUUGACGACGAUCGGACCUCACUGCUCCUAUACUACAUAUAUCAGAAGCCGCCAAUCAUACGCCCCGGCAAGAAUUAUGUGUCAUCAUUUGGAAUCCUCAGAGAUCAAUUCCGCUGCUUUUUCGGGACAGCGCUGGCCUCGCCGCCACUGAAUAUCCCAGAGAUGCAAACAGGCAUAGAUUUUCCUCGCAGUCUGGAAAGUCUGGGCCUUGAACUCUCUCCUAUUCAAAGCGUUUCAGAUGCUGCAUCUAGAAACUCUACAGAUGUGACAUUCUGGGAUGCGCCCGAGAGGCUUGAAAAGAGGCCUCUCCCUCUGGAAGAUCAAUCGGACUUGCCAAAUGCAACUAGAAUUAGGGUAGAUUAG